UUUUGGUUGGAAAAUGGAAGUUAGCCAUUUGUGCGAUAACCAAACAAUUAAAUAAUUUCUAUUUGUGCGUGAUUAUUUAGUUAAAACGAAGUAAUGCGAUCACAUUGUAUUGUUAUACGGUAACUGUAAUCAAUGACAGAAGUGUGAGCCAUGGUAUUGAUUUAUUGCAGCAAAUACUGUGCAAAUAGUGGUAUUUUAGACAAAGGAUGCUAAUUUUCAAAGUGUACUGAUUUAUACAAAGCCAAUGCUAAAAUUUAUUAUGAUGGACUUGACUGUACUUGCCAUUAAAUAAUAAUGGAUGAUAAUAUGAAAUAAAAUGAUGGAGGGAGAAGAAUUCAACCUCCAUUGGGAGGAGGUUGAAGUUAAGCAUGGCAUUGUUGAAGUCGAAGAAGAAGUGAUAUGCGGCCUCACAAGCCAUGACACAUCAUAUUCAAAUGCGGGUCCAGGAGACAUAAUAGAAGAAAAUGAUCAGAUGGCUGCAGAGAACUUGAUGUAUUUAUCUCAAGAUGUAGUGAACUACACAGAGACAGCGGAACUGGCUGACGAUCCAAAUGUAGAGUGUGUAACGGAAGAAGUCAUCACUGAUGACUGGGUCAUACCUGGUGGGCAAGAGAGAGUGGAAGUUCCUUUGGAUCAUUUAACUAAUCCAGUUUCAGACGCCAAAGAAGAAAAUGAUGUUGACGUUCCACUCCCUACUGACCAGGACGAGUACACAGCGAUGCGUCCAUGGCCGUGCGACUUCUGCUCGCGGCGGUUCCGCAAGAAGGCGGCGCUGAUGAACCACAUGGUGGCCCACCAGAACGACAGGCCGCACGCGUGCAACUUGUGCGGCGUGCGAUACGUACGCAAGUGUGACCUCAUCAACCACUUGAAGGUUCACGCGUUUGUGCCGGACAACCAGGAUGUCAUGGACUAUGAUGACAUUAUAGAUACUCAAGUUACUACUAAACCAAAGAAGAAAAAAGGACGACGGAAAAAGAAUCCAGAACCAGUAGAGAACGGCCUGUGGGAGAACAUGACAUCGGCUAGGACGCAGCAGUGGUCACGGCGCGCGCGCACGCCGCCCAAGCCGCCGCCGACACCGCCGUCGCCGCCCACGCCGCCGUCGCCGCCCUCGCCGCCGCCGCCGCCCGCCGACCCCGCGCGACCUUUCGUCUGCCGCCAGUGUGGCAUCGGCUUCGCUAGGGAGAAGGCUCUGCAGUCGCAUGCGAGGGUGCACGGAGGCGACUCGCCGGUGGAGUGCGGCGAGUGCGGCGAGCUGUGCUGGUCGCGCGAGGCGCUGGCCACACACGCGGCCGCGCGUCACCCGCACCUGCCGCCGCGGCCCAGCCACGCCGCGCCCUACCAGGUGGACGACGAGGAUGACGACAUGGACUUCAAGCUGUCGCCGGCGGCGCACAGCGGCAGCGCCGAGCGCGUGUACGAGGCGGUGCGCGGGCCCGAGCUGUUCUGCCAGGACUGCGGCGUGGCCUUCCAGCGCGCCGACCUGCUGCGCCGCCACGUGGCCGCCGCGCACAGCUACAAACGCCACGAUAGCACGAGCAGCGCGUGGGGCGAGCACACGUGCGACGUGUGUGGCGAGAGCUGUACUGACGCGCUGCAACUCCUGGCGCACGCGGAAGGCCACGCCGAGCGCCACCACACCACUCCCAGAUUAAAAAAGCAGUCUCGAGGUCGAAAUAACGUGUCUUCAAGUAGUUCAAGACAAUUCCCAUGUAGAGAAUGUGUUUUUAUUGGCGAGGCACUGAGGCGGUAA